CCGAGAAUGCGAAAAUUCCAUUUUCAAGGGCGCGCUGUUUCUCUGCGUUUUUUCACCGUCGAUUGAACCACCGGAGUUUUAAGGAACGCGGUUUUGAUUCCGCCCGGGGGGAACCUUGCUCUUCUUCUUAUCGUUGUCGUCGUCGUAGUUUUGGUUGAUUAUUUUUCCUAGAAACGAUUUGGUUUCGCUGGAUCGGGAGAGCUUGGUGCAAUUGGAGCGAGGAAAUGAGUGGAUGGGAUAGGGUUGGAUCGUCGAGUUCGAGAUUGGGCCGUGGCAAUUCUGCCAUGCCUGAGAGGACCUCCUCUUCUAACACGGUUCGACUCGGCCGAGUCCAGCCACAGGCGCCUGGAUAUCGCACCAUCUUCUGUAAUGAUCGCGACGCUAAUCUCCUUAUCAAAUUCAAGGGGAAUUCAGUUUCGACCACAAAGUACAACUUCUUCACGUUCUUUCCGAAAGGAUUGUUUGAACAGUUCAGGCGUGUGGCUAACCUAUACUUUCUUACAAUCUCAAUCUUAUCCACCACACCCAUCAGUCCUGUGCAUCCAAUCACAAAUGUGGUCCCUUUAAGUCUGGUUCUACUUGUUUCUCUCAUUAAAGAAGCAUUUGAGGACUGGAAACGAUUCCAGAAUGAUAUGGCAAUUAAUAAUAAUCUUGUAGAUGUCCUGCAAGAUCAAAAGUGGGAGAGCGUUCCUUGGAAAAAGUUGCAGGUUGGGGACAUUGUUAGGAUUCGGCAAGAUGGAUUCUUUCCUGCAGAUCUUCUUUUCCUUGCUAGUACAAAUCCAGAUGGUGUCUGCUACAUUGAGACUGCUAACCUGGAUGGGGAGACAAAUUUGAAGAUUAGAAAGGCCCUGGAAAAGACAUGGGAUUACUUGACUCCAGAGAAGGCAUCUGAAUUUAAAGGUGAAGUACAAUGCGAGCAACCAAACAAUUCACUCUACACUUUCACUGGCAAUGUUAUUAUUCAGAAGCAAACAUUACCUCUCAGCCCAAACCAACUUUUGUUGCGAGGAUGCAGUCUCAGGAACACGGAAUAUAUUGUUGGGGCUGUUAUUUUUACAGGCCAUGAAACAAAGGUUAUGAUGAAUGCUAUGAAUGUUCCCUCCAAAAGAAGUACACUGGAGAAAAAACUUGACAAACUUAUUCUUACGCUUUUUGCUACUCUCUUUAUCAUGUGUUUGAUUGGAGCAAUUGGCAGUGGCGUGUUUGUAAACGAAAAGUACUACUACUUAGCUCUUGAUAAGGGAGGGGAAAACCAAUUUAACCCUAGCAACCGAUUCCUGGUUGUCAUUCUGACCAUGUUUACCCUUAUUACUCUGUAUUCAACCAUCAUUCCUAUUUCUCUUUAUGUUUCCAUUGAGAUGAUAAAAUUUAUUCAAUCGACACAAUAUAUCAAUAAGGAUCUAAAUAUGUUCCAUGCUGAUAGCAAUACCCCUGCAUUGGCUAGAACUUCCAAUCUGAAUGAAGAACUGGGGCAGGUAGAGUACAUCUUUUCAGAUAAAACUGGUACUCUUACCAGGAAUCUAAUGGAGUUCUUUAAGUGUUCAAUCGGUGGAGAGAUAUAUGGAACUGGUGUCACUGAAAUAGAGAGGGGAAUUGCUGAGCAGAAUGGCUUGAAAGUGGAAGAGGAGCACAAAUCAGCCAAUGCUGUACAGGAAAAGGGAUUUAAUUUUGAUGAUGCUAGGCUUAUGAGAGGAGCAUGGAGAAAUGAACCCAACUCUGAUCUCUGUAAGGAAUUUUUCAGAUGCCUUGCUAUUUGCCAUACUGUACUCCCUGAGGGCGAUGAAUCCCCUGAAAAGAUCACAUAUCAAGCAGCAUCACCUGAUGAGGCUGCGUUGGUAACUGCGGCUAAAAACUUUGGCUUCUUCUUUUACAGGCGUACACCUACUACAAUAUAUGUUCGUGAAUCUCAUGUUGAAAAGAUGGGUAAAAUUCUAGAUGUUUCUUAUGAAAUUCUCAAUGUACUUGAGUUCAAUAGUGUAAGGAAGCGUCAGUCUGUGGUGUGUCGUUAUUCUGAUGGUAGGCUUGUCUUGUACUGCAAGGGUGCUGAUACCGUUAUAUAUGAGAGAUUGGCUGGUGGAAAUGAUGAUCUGAAGAAUAUAACGAGGGAACACUUGGAGAAAUUUGGAUCGUCCGGUUUGAGAACUCUAUGUCUUGCUUAUAGAGACUUGCUUCCCGACAUGUAUGAAACCUGGAAUGAGAAAUUCAUUCAAGCUAAGUCUUCAUUAAGAGAUCGUGAAAAGAAAUUGGAUGAGGUGGGUUAAGUAAUUAUGCUGGUUUCUAUUCCCGUAAAAAAUACUCUUNUCGAAGAUAAGCUUCAAGAAGGAGUACCAAACUGUAUACAGACACUUUCUAGAGCCGGUAUCAAGAUUUGGAUGCUAACGGGAGACAAGAUGGAAACUGCUAUAAAUAUAGCUUAUGCUUGCAAUUUAAUAAACAAUGAAAUGAAACAAUUUAUUAUCAGUUCAGAAACAGAUGCAAUCAGAGAAGUUGAAAACAGGGGUGACCAAGUGGAGCUUGCACGUUUUACUAGAGAAGAAGUAAAAAAGGAAUUGAAGAAAUGUCUUGAGGAAGCGCAGCAGUGUUUACAAUCUAUGUCUCCACCAAAAUUAGCACUUGUUAUAGAUGGAAAAUGUUUGAUGUAUGCAUUAGAUCCAAGUCUGCGAGUUACGUUACUAAAUUUGAGCUUGAAUUGUAGUUCGGUUGUUUGCUGCCGGGUUUCUCCUUUGCAGAAAGCGCAGGUGACAAGUCUGGUGAAGAAAGGUGCAAAGAAAAUAACACUUAGUAUUGGUGAUGGUGCUAAUGAUGUUAGUAUGAUUCAAGCAGCUCAUGUGGGCAUUGGAAUAAGUGGGCAGGAGGGAAUGCAAGCUGUGAUGGCUAGUGAUUUUGCUAUUGCCCAGUUUCGCUUUCUCACAGAUUUACUUCUUGUACAUGGACGAUGGUCAUAUCUUAGAAUCUGCAAGGUUGUCACAUACUUCUUUUACAAGAAUCUUACGUUCACUUUAACUCAGUUUUGGUUCACCUUCCAAACUGGAUUUUCUGGUCAAAGAUUCUAUGAUGAUUGGUUCCAGUCAUUGUAUAAUGUCAUAUUUACGGCCCUUCCUGUAAUAAUGGUCGGACUAUUUGACAAGGAUGUUAGUGCGGCCCUAUCUAAAAAGUACCCCGAGCUCUACAGAGAGGGAAUAAGAAAUGUGUUUUUCAAGUGGAGAGUUGUAACAACUUGGGCCAUCUUUUCCGUCUACCAAUCUUUAGUCUUUUAUUAUUUUGUAACCGCUUCCAGUUCCAGCAGUCAAUCGGCAUCUGGCAAGGUGUUUGGUCUAUGGGAUAUCAGCACGAUGACUUUCACAUGCAUUGUAGUGACUGUGAAUUUGCGGCUGCUUAUGAUCUGCAAUUCAAUUACUAGGUGGCAUUACAUAACGGUUGGGGGAAGCAUUUUAGCAUGGUUCAUGUUUAUUUUGCUAUAUUCUGGUCUUAUGACACCACAUGAUAGGCAGGAAAAUGUAUAUUUCGUCAUAUAUGUCUUAAUGAGCACACUCUAUUUUUACGUAGCUGUCCUCCUUGUCCCUGUCGUUGCGCUUCUUUGUGAUUUUGCUUACCAAGGCAUUCAGAGAUGGUUUUUCCCCUAUGAUUAUCAGAUAGUUCAAGAAAUUCAUAGGCAUGAACCUGAUGGUAGAAGUGCGGUAGGAUUGUUGGAGGUUCAGAACCAUCUUACACCGGAAGAGGCAAGAAGCUAUGCCAUGUCUCAACUCCCGCGGGAGUUAUCGAAGCACACUGGCUUUGCUUUCGAUUCACCUGGCUAUGAGUCAUUUUUUGCUGCACAGCUUGGUAUUUAUGCCCCACAGAAGGCAUGGGAUGUUGCCAGGAGAGCCAGUGUGAAGUCAAGACUAAAGAUUAGGGAAAAGAAAUGAGGUAGAACUAAUCAUUAUAUUGUACAAAAGUUUUCUCAUCAAAAGUGAACCUCAGAAAAAUCAUUAGUACUAGUUUUGCUGUGCCAUAUAUUUUCUCCCAUUAGUUGUCUUUUUAACUCAUGAGAGCCUAGUGGUUAUUAGGAAUGUAAUGGGUGUAUAUCGAUAUCUCGAUGUAAUUUAAUACCAAGUGAAAUUGUAAUUUUUGACUGAUCGGAUUGUAGCUAUAGUCCCCAUUGGAACCUUAUAGCAGUACUAGUAAGGGAAAAUUUUCAGAACAUGUCUGUUUACUGCUUCAUGGAGAUGGCUGCUUAAGCCAUGCAGCCAGUGUGCAAGUUGUAGACAACAACAUAGAAAAUGGCAUCUUUGAUGUGAUGGUCUUUGCUACUCAACUCUGACCAAAUUCUUAAAUAUCCAAUUUCAAGAACUUGAAAGGUCUUCAAGCCUGCAAAAUAUCAGAUUCAAAUUCCCCAAAGAUUUCGACCUCUGAAAUGGGUCACAAUUGUUGUGGAUGCUUUAAUCUUUUGAACUGCAACUUGUAGCAUACGUUUGAUCCAUUUGUUGGGCUUGUUCAUCAGCUUUUUUAGUGUAAUUCUUGUUGUUUUAAAAAUCCAUUGCUUGAGUGGGAAACUUUCCAUGGUCAAGAACUGAUGUAGACGACAAUUAAGAACUUAAUUAUGUGGUGCAUCA